UAAUUUAAAAAACUCAAAACCCUCACUUAAUUGGUAAACUUAUUUGUCCCUUUUAAUCAAAUACUCCCCUUUCUCCCUCUCCAUCGAAACCAUUGAAGCAGCAGUGCAGUGGUUGCCUUCCUCCAUCGAAACUCCGGCGACGCUUCGAGUGUCCAUGGCACAAGAAAGACAUUAUAUGUGACUGGGUAAACCAUUCGAGCAGUAUGUUUUCUUGCUAUGGCUUCUAAAGCUGAAGAACCAAUCAAUGAGCAAGCAAUAGCCAACAUAUACAGUGCUAUGAGGUCUGAGAUCACCCAGAUUUAUUCUAAAAUUACAGAACUAGAAAUGGAAGUUAGUGAGCACUCUCUUGUGAUAAAUGCUAUACAACCACUUGAUCCUGCAAGGCGGUGUUAUAGGAUGAUUGGAGGUGUUCUUGUAGAGAGAACCAUCAAGGAAGUCCUGCCUGCUGUUCAACGCAAUAAAGAGGGAAUCGAGGAAGUUAUAGCUCGACUGAAUGAAGCCUUGGAGAAAAAGAAAAAGGAGAUAUCUGACUUUGAGGCCAAGUAUAAGAUUAGAAUCAGAAAGCCUGAUGAAGUAAAGGAGGAGGGCGGUCGAAAGGAAGGCUCUGCACAAGGAGUCCUUGUUGGUCCUGCUGCUGGGUCAAAUGAAUAGACAGACCUGUCUAGUUUUCAAAUUCCAUUUUGAGGUACUUUGUUGAAUAUGGUCAAGGAACUGUAGUACUUUAGUAUUAUCUCUACUGUGUGAUCUAUCAUGUUCAUUUAGCUUACGCAGCAAGGACUCGGAGCUUUUUUUGUUUCUUAUGAUGGAAUCUAUUUUCCCUUUUGGAGA